AUGAAGAUGCUCCCAGGAGUGGGCGUGUUUGGGACUGGCAGCUCCGCCCGGGUCCUAGUCCCGCUGCUGAGGGCAGAGGGGUUCACCGUGGAGGCGCUGUGGGGGAAGACUGAGGAGGAAGCGAAGCAGCUUGCAGAGGAGAUGAACAUCACCUUCUAUACCAGCCAGACGGACGAUGUCUUACUGCACCAAGACGUGGAUCUGGUGUGCAUCAACAUCCCCCCUCCACUCACCCGGCAGAUAUCUGUGAAGGCUCUAGGUAUUGGGAAGAACGUGGUCUGUGAGAAGGCAGCAACCUCGGUGGACGCCUUCCGGAUGGUGACAGCCUCUCGCUACUACCCGCAGCUGAUGAGCCUGGUGGGGAACGUGCUGCGCUUCCUGCCCGCCUUUGUGCGCAUGAAGCAGCUGAUUGCCGAGCACUACGUGGGCGCGGUGAUGAUCUGCGAUGCCCGCGUCUACUCGGGCAGCCUGCUCAGCCCCAACUACGGCUGGAUCUGCGACGAGCUCAUGGGCGGUGGAGGCCUGCACACCAUGGGCACCUACAUCGUGGACCUGCUGACCCACCUGACCGGCCAGAGAGCCGAGAAGGUCCACGGGCUCCUCAAGACCUUUGUGAGGCAGAAUGCGGCCAUUCGUGGCAUCCGGCACGUCACCAGCGACGACUUCUGUUUCUUCCAGAUGCUCAUGGGCGGGGGCGUGUGCAGCACAGUGACGCUCAACUUCAACAUGCCGGGUGCCUUUGUGCACGAGGUCAUGGUGGUGGGCUCUGCGGGACGCCUUGUUGCCCGGGGGGCUGACCUCUACGGGCAGAAGAACUCUGCCACCCAGGAGGAGCUGUUGCUGCGGGACUCACUGGCUGUGGGCGCGGGGCUGCCUGAGCAGGGGCCCCAGGACGUCCCGCUGCUCUACCUGAAGGGCAUGGUCUACAUGGUGCAGGCCCUGCGGGAGUCCUUCCAGGGGCAGGGGGACCGCCGCACGUGGGACCACACCCCCGUCUCCAUGGCCGCCUCCUUUGAGGACGGGCUGUACAUGCAGAGUGUGGUGGACGCCAUCAAGAGGUCCAGCCGAUCGGGGGAAUGGGAGGCCGUGGAGGUGCUGACGGAGGAACCCGAUGCCAACCAGAACCUGUGUGAGGCGCUCCAGCGGAACAACCUGUGA